CUCGCCUGUAACAGAGUAGUCGUCGUGAGCACGCGGUACCAAGCACAGCAUUGUGUUAAAACUUAUAAACAACGUGAAGUGGGUUUUUUGUAUUAUGAUAUAAUUUUUUGAGGUUUUUUAUUGAGACAAGGUAAAUCAAGAUGCAGAGACCUCAAACCAGCUCGGAGAGAACUCCGCUGGUACCCCCCACUUAUAUGUUCGAAUCCAGCAUCUCAAGGACCUAUCAGAAAAGGCUUCGGAGUUUCCAAUGUGCCAUCUGCGUUUUAUUAAUUAGUGUCCUACUAACGAUCUCGCUGCUGGUGACCAUCUCGUACAACCUCGGCCUAGGCGCUGAUGACAGCACACCUGAGACAGUCAACUUAACGAUGAGUUACACUCUGAAUGACGACCUCAAGCCAUUGCUUAACAAGAGCUGGCCAUUGAAAGAUCACCCACCUAGAGCAUGGGUAGGAAGUACGCUGACAAAGGAAAAUUUGGAAACCGCGGUUCUAAAAGGACAAGAUGCCUUACAAAAACGGAAGUCGAUAGAAAAAACUCUGAAGCCCCUUGACAAUGAUUCUCCAGCACUAAGGGCACAGCGGGCGGCAGCUACUGCGUAUAAAGUAAAACCACUAGCCGAAUCGGCUUUCGCAGCUGAAGAGGCGACAAGGACACUAGUCAAUGGAACCGAUGAUACCACGAUUGAAGCUGGUGUCGGCGUUGGUCCACAAACCAACAACUCCUUCCAUGAGCCAGCUUACUGCCGUCCUCCUACAAAACCUUGCGAGCUUUCAAAAUAUAGAACACAAGACGGCAGUUGCAAUAACUUGAACAAUCCCCUCUUAUGGGGAGUGUCUAACACACCGUUCAGAAGAGUAAUACCACCAGAUUACGGUGACGGUAUCAGCUCACCACGUCAAGGCAACAACGGCACAAAAUUACCGAGCGCUCGUGAUGUUAGCGUUACGGUGCAUCGGCCGAGCUACGCCCAUGACUCUUCCUUCACUGUUAUGCUGGCUGUAUGGGGACAGUUCAUAGAUCAUGACAUCACCGCUACAGCUCUGAGCAAGGGUGAAAACAGCAGUGCCAUCUCUUGCUGCAAUUUGGAAGGCCCAGUACACCCUGAGUGUUUUCCCGUCAAGCUCGAUCGUGAGGAUCCCUUUUACCAGGACUACAAUUUGACUUGCAUGGAGUUUGUGAGAUCUGCUCCUGCGCCCACUUGCCGAUUCGGACAACGCGAACAGUUAAACCAAGCCUCGGCUUUCCUGGACGGUUCGACAGUUUACAGCUUUUCCGAAGCCAAGACAAACCAGCUACGUGCUGGCUUGGGAGGUCAGCUACGGAUGUUGAAGCUUGGACCUUGGGACCUCCUGCCGCCAUCCAUGGACCCUAAUGACGGUUGCAACACUGUGGAGAUGAAUGCGAGGGGACGUUAUUGUUUCGAGUCGGGUGAUGAUCGAGCCAAUGAAAACCUUCACUUGACAACCAUGCAUCUUAUCUGGGCUCGCCAACACAACAGACUAGCCUUUAUAUUGAAAAAAAUUAACCCCCAUUGGGACGAUGAAAUAGUAUUCCAGGAGGCACGAAGAAUACUAGGAGCACAAAUGCAGCACAUCACAUACGCUGAGUUCCUGCCCGCAAUUCUUGGUCAGGACGUGAUGUGGUCCCUGAACUUAACGUUGCAGGAGGAAGGCUAUGCGGACGUGUAUGACCCUACUGUGAACCCGUCUGUAGCCAACCACUUCUCAUCAGCUGUCUUUCGAUUUGCUCACACGUUGCUGCCGGGUCUGAUUCACAAUGUAGACGCCAAUACAGGAACGAUAAGCUACACUCACUUGCACGAAAUACUGUUCAACCCCUACGAGCUGUACCAGGAUAAGGGUCCCAAAUACGCCGUGAAGUCCGCUCUUAACACUCCCGUACACACUGUGGAUCCUCAUAUCACGUCUGAGCUGAGCGACCACCUGUUCGAGCGGCGCGCCGCGUACAACGGCUCGGCGGACGCGGCGGCGUCCCCGCUGCCGUGCGGGCUCGACCUCGUGUCGCUGAACAUCCAGCGCGGCCGCGACCACGGCCUGCCCGCCUACCCCGCCUGGCGCCAGCACUGCGGCCUCUCCCGCCCGCGCAACUUCGACGAGUUGGCGGAGAUCUUGGACGAGUCCUCCAUGAGCCGCAUCGGCAAGAUCUACAAGAGCGUUGAUGAUAUAGAUCUUUACACUGGAGCCUUAGCCGAGAACCCCAAUGGCCGCCUCCUAGGCCCGACUCUCACUUGCCUUAUCGCUGAUCAGUUCCUAAGACUAAAGGUCGGCGACAGGUUCUGGUACGAAACUCCUGAUGAAACUGUUGGGUUUACAGAAGAACAAUUAGUGGAAAUCCGUAAAACAACGCUAGCUGGUGUGAUCUGCGCCAACGAAGAUCUUCUGGAUCAAGCUCAACCCAGAGUGAUGGAAGGCCUCAGCGCUACCAACCCGCUUGUCGACUGCAUGGAACUCCCUCAGCCAAGUUUAAAGCCCUGGAAAGAAAUUCCUCCUACUCCUUUGUCUGAAAAUGGACCUAAAAAAUCUGGUAAAGCGACUAGCAAAAAAGGUAAUAAAAAACCUUAAAUUGAAUUGAGGUUAGGUAGGCUAUACAAUACGUUUUAAUGCAAAUAACGAAGAUUGAAGACUAAACGUUAUCUGAAUCUCAUGGCUGUUCUAAUAGUUACGUUACCCUCUCCUAUAUUUCGGUUUCGCUCGACGCAUUUUUAAUUCCUAACUAUAAAGUAACCUCAGCUAACUUUACAA